AGUUGAUCAUAUCCCUCUUCUCUGUGACGCCGUAUGCACUGAACAUCUCACGCUGCUGGGGCAUAUCAACUUAUUCUUUUUUCUUUCCUGAAAAUACAAGACGCCACCAACGAUGGGAUUUCGCAGACGGUUUAUCGCCUUCACCGGGGCCGUUCAGAUAUUGCUCACUCUCGCCAUGUUCACCAUGACGUCAUCCCUAUUGAACAACUUCGGCAACGCCGCCGUUGGGACCCCAAUGUGGGGUGCACUAAUUAUAUUGAUGUGCGGUGCUGCUAAUAUCAUACUAGCCCUGGAGACACCUUCGACAAAGAGGAAUACAGAAGAUAGCAUUUUAGCCACAAACUUCAACUUGGGUACUGUCUUCGCAAACCUGACUGCCUUUAUCGUGUCUGCCACCAUCCUGGCCCUCUUCUCAUGGGCGCUGUCGCUGAGCACCUCUUUUGAUGCAUUGGUCGUUCCCUUCUCGACCAUCGUCCUCGCCGCCACCCUCAUCUGUCUCUUCUCCCUCUUCGCCCUCUUUGCUGACUGCUUCUCCGCGUUUUGUGCGAGUUCCCCGAAACAGCAUCACCAGUCGUCUCCACAGGGACCGUACGUUAUGGACUAUGAGGGGCCUCCUCCUCGUGGUAUUCCAAACCCCGCCUUACAAAGAGUUAUGAUUGAUCAACAUCAAUCCCAGUUCCUCACAUCGAGCGCAGGUUUGCGUUCUCCUAUGGCGCAGGUACCUAAUUACUAUUGAUAUCAAUGGCAAAUAAGUUGCAAUUGAUUCAAAUUAAUCGCAAGUCCGCGCAUCAAUCGCAAGUUUGCGUUCUCCCAUCUCUUAUGCACCUAAUUACUAUUGAUAUAUAUCGCAAAUAAGUUGCGAUUAAUAUCACCUCUUCGUAAGACGGACCCCUAUGGCCUUAUAAUGCAUCAAAUUGGCAACGUCAACAUACAGAGACCCAAGAUGGUACUGCUAGCUGUAUUCAGUUAAUUAACAAUACAGAUAACUUUUAAUAUGAUUUUGGUAUAUGGGCGGUCUCCAGUUUUCUAUUCGAAAUGCAAGGC